AUGACUCGCCCGCCACCCAGGAACCCGACCACGGCUCCGACCGAUGAUGAACAUUCGCCCGUCCCGGUAGCCCAUUCCGGGGCGCGUCCAGCCUAUCCUUUCCAUCACAUCGGCUCGUCUUCGAAAGCCCACCGCGAGAGCCAAAACACUGUCCCCGAUCCUAUAUCCUACGCCACCACCGUCGAUUUCGAUGACCUUAAAGCGGAGUCUUCUACACAGUAUAAAGCUCCGAAGAAGAGCAAGCGCAUACGAUGGCUCGAUGCCAGGGACGAAGCCUUCGGCCGCGUCGCCACGUUAUACCGCAAAGUCGUCAUCCAAGGUAUCUUGCGCCAGAAACCGUUACCGCCGUCCCCCGAUGGCAGGCACAUACCGCUGUCCGCCAACCGAAAGCGCUCCGAGUUGCUUACCGAUGAACGCACCCGCAAGCCCUACACCGAUAACUUCAUCCGUUCCAGUCGCUACACCGUCUGGGACUUCUUACCCAAGCAGCUCAUCUUCCAGUUUAGCAAGCUCGGCAAUGCCUAUUUCCUGGCCAUCUCUAUUAUGCAGCUCACCCCUGGGCUUAGCACCACCGGCGAAUGGACCACCUUUGCCCCGCUCAUGGCCUUCGUCGCUCUGUCAAUGGCCAAGGAGGGCUACGAUGAUUACCGCCGAUACCGUCUCGACAAGGCGGAUAACCGUAGCGAGGUGCAGGUUCUGGGUGAGGACCUUAACGCUCUCCGCCGUGCCAAGAAGAAGGUUGCCAAAGCGACCAAGGAGGGUUCCGAAAUGGCCAUGGACGACCUCGGCGACGGAGGACAUGAAGGCGAGUGGUCCACCAUCCUCUGGCAGGACGUCAAGGUCGGCGACAUUGUCCGCCUGCGACGGGAUGAGAACGUUCCCGCCGACAUUGUCGUUUUGCACGCCUCCAACCCGAACAGUGUCACCUACAUCGAAACCAUGGCUCUCGACGGUGAGACAAACCUCAAAGCCAAGCGCGCCUCCCCGGCCCUGGCCGCCCAGUGCAGCACCUUGGCCGGACUCAAGGCCUGCGAGGCCGUCGUCGUGUCGGAGGAUCCCAACGUCGACCUGUACCGCUACGACGGUCGCGUCACCGUCGGGGAAGAGACCCUUCCGCUGUCCCUCGCCAAUGUCGUCUAUCGCGGCUCCACUGUCCGUAACACGGCCGAGACCAUUGGCCUGGUCGUCAACACCGGGGAGGAGUGCAAGAUCCGCAUGAACGCCCACAAGCACGUCACUACCAAGGCUCCCGCCAUGCAGUACGUCGUCAACGGCUGCAUCGUCUGGCUCGUCUUCGUCCUCCUCGGCAUCAGCGGCGGCUUAACCGGCGGCUACUUUCUACUCCGCAACACGGUCGAGCGCCACUCGUGGUUCCUCGGUGGCACGUCCCUCAGUUUCCGCGAGGUCUUCAUCGCCUACAUCAUCAUGUUCAACACGCUCAUCCCGCUCUCCCUCUACAUCAGCUUGGAGAUCAUCAAAGUCAUCCAGUUCUACCUCAUGGGCGACGUCGAGAUGUACGACCCCGUCACCAACACCCCCAUGGUAGCCAACACCACCACCAUUCUCGAGGACCUCGGCCAGGUCAACUACGUCUUCUCCGACAAGACCGGCACCCUGACCGAGAACGUGAUGCGCUUCCGCAAGAUGAGCGUCGCUGGCACAGCCUGGCUGCACGAUAUGGACGUCGAGCGGGACGAAGAAGCCAAGCAGAAGCUCAUCGCCAUGGCGCGGAAGAAGCGCAAGGGCAAGGGCAAGGACAAGGACAAGGACAAGAACAGGGUCGCGAAGCCUGAGCUUGACGACCCUCCUCAUGUGUCGUCUCCUGCCCGAUGGAACGCCGGCGGCAACCAGAACGGCACAGCCGAACGAGACCCCGAGCUCAAGACGGAGGAUCUCCUCGACUACCUGCGCCGCCGGCCCAACACCGCCUUUGCGCGCAAGGCCAAGUUCUUCCUCCUGUCCAUCGCUCUGUGCCACACUUGUUUGCCCGAAGAAGGGGACAAAGGUGAGAUUGAAUACCAGGCCGCUUCCCCCGAUGAGCAUGCCCUGGUUGAAGCAGCCAGGGACCUCGGCUAUGUUCUCGUGGACCGGCCCAAUCAACAGAUCAUUCUCCAGCUUCCCAACUCGGACGGCUCGACCACGCGCGAGACGUAUGAGGUCCUGGACGUCAUUGACUUUACGAGCAAGAGGAAGCGCAUGUCCAUCAUCAUACGCAUGCCCGACGGCCGUAUCUGCGUCUUUUGCAAGGGUGCCGACAGCAUCAUCCUGCCUCGUCUCAAGCUCUCUCAUAUCGCCAUGCAGAAGGCCUCCGGCGUCGAGGCCAUGGCCCACAAGCGCAGGAGCAUCGAACAGGAGAAGCAGCGCAUAAGUAUGAGCAGCCCCCGGAACAGCAUGGCAAUGGGUCGUCCGUCCAUUUCCAAGAGACAUAGCCAGUUUGGCAUGAAGGAUGCGGACGAUGCCCAGGGCAGGCUGGAAGAGGUCGAAGUGCGAAAGGAGUCGGAAAGGCAUCUGGCGGCUCCGUCACCCUUACAGAGCCCGCGCACCUCGUACGCGGCGUCGCCGCGUCCCAGCAUGGCCCUGUCAGUGCACGAAGACGUGCUGGACGGUCUAGUCGACGAAUCGGCCGCGAUGAACGACGGGGCCAUGUUCGAGCGCUGUUUCCAGCACAUCGACGAGUUUGCCAGGGACGGGUUGCGCACGCUCUUGUACGGUUACCGGUAUCUGGAGGAGGACGAGUACGCCAGGUGGAGGAAGAUUUACUCGGACGCGUCGACGAGCCUCGAGAACCGUCAAGCGAAGAUGGAGGCGGCUGGCGAGCUCAUCGAGGAGAAGUUUGACCUGGCGGGAGCCACGGCCAUCGAGGAUAAGCUCCAAGAGGGCGUGCCGGACACCAUCGACAAGCUCCGCCGCGCUGGGAUCAAGGUCUGGAUGCUCACCGGCGACAAGCGCGAGACGGCCAUCAACAUUGCUCACUCGGCACGGUUGUGCCAGCCUUUUUCGGAAGUCAUCAUUCUAGAUUCCACCACGGGUCGGCUGGAGGAAAGCAUCCACUCGACCCUCUCCGACGUCAGCCGCGGAAUCCUUCCUCACACAGUUGUGGUUGUCGACGGCCACACGCUUGGCCUCAUCGACGACGACGAGACGCUGAGCUGUCCGUUCUACGACCUGGCCAGCCGUGUCGACUCGGUCAUCUGCUGCCGGGCGUCUCCCGCGCAGAAGGCCAACCUGGUGAAACGCAUCCGCCGCCAGGUGCGCGACUCCCUGACCCUCGCUAUCGGCGACGGCGCCAACGACAUUGGCAUGAUCCAAGCGUCGCAUGUCGGCGUCGGCAUCUCGGGUCGCGAGGGUCUUCAGGCCGCGCGUAUCUCGGACUACUCGAUCGCGCAGUUCCGCUUCCUGCAGCGGCUGCUCUUUGUCCACGGUCGCUACAACUACCUCCGCACGGGCAAGUAUAUCCUGGCGACAUUUUGGAAGGAGAUUGUGUUCUUCCUGCCGCAGGCGCACUUCCAGCGGUUCAACGCUUACUCGGGCACGUCGCUGUACGAGAACUGGAGCUUGACCGUUUUCAACACGUUCUUCACCUCGCUGCCCGUCAUCUUUCUCGGUGGGUUCGAAAAGGAUCUCAGCGCCAAGACGCUGCUCGAACAUCCGGAGCUGUACAGGUACGGCCAUGAUCGGGGGGCCAUCAACGUGCGGCUGUACGUUGGCUGGACACUGCUCGGCGUGGCGGAAUCGUUCAUCAUCUACUACCUCACCUGGGGUGUUUACAACAAGCUGCCUUUUGACGAGGACACGUCACUCUACGCCAUGGGGACCGUGCCGUUCAAUGUCUGUGUGAUUUUCAUCAACGUCAAGCUCUUGGUGCUCGAAAUGCACGACAAGACCAUCAUUGCCUUCCUCGGCGUGUUUCUGUCGAUCACAGGAUGGUUUCUGUGGAACCUCGCCCUCUCUGGGCUCUUCCAGAACGAGUUGCGCAUUUACCAGAUCCGUCGCGCGUUCCUGGACAACUUUGGUGCUACUCUCAACUUCUGGACCGUCUGUCUUGUGGCCCUCGGCGCCGUCUUGGUGCUGGAGCUCUUUGUCGACGCAGUCCGCCGCGUCUAUUGGGCGAACGACGUGGACCUGAUGCAGCGCAUAGAGAGGGAGGAGCGGAAAGCGGCCAAGCGAAAGGCGAAGGAGAAGAUGGCCGGAUCCGGUGAUCCUCACGGGGAGGACCGCGAUGGCCACGACGGCAUGCAGGCAGACACGGUGGUUUAUGGAAUGAAGCCCCACGGCGGGACGGUGCCGACGACGGCGGGGCGCGCGAUGGCGAAUACGAAUAACGACGUGGCGUCGGCGCGGACGUCGCUGCAGCGCCUGCGGCGGUCGUCCGAUUUCCCGGCGGCCGUACCGGAGGACGGGAGCGAUCCGUUUGAGAAGGGGUUCGGCAAGGCGCAUAAGACGAAGAUGCACCAGAAACCUCCGCAUGUCACGACGCGAUGGGUUUCGUCUGGCAGGGAUGUUAUGGAGGAAAGCCCUAUCGAGUUGAAUACGCCGACGGGCGAUAGCCGGGUAGGACAGGCGAUUUGAGAAGCGUAUGUCUGGUGUUUGGUGUUACAUGUCUUGCUUAGAUACCACAUUGAUGCAUAUAAGUUCCAUUUGACUGAGAAUAGUACCUGAUUUACAAUUACACCUUUUACACCUUGUUGAUCAGACUUAUGGUGCCU